AUGGGCGGCGGAUCCGGCGGCAGGGGGAAGGGGAUGCCGCGGGCGAUGGCGCCGGUGGAGGAGGUGGACGUCGCCGCCGUGCGGUACAGGCCGGCGGAGCUGCAGGCGCCGCACCUCACGGGGUUCCCGCUCCGGGCCUUCGUCUGGCUCCUCGAGUCCCCGCUCCUCGGGCCCAUCGUCACCUCCGUCCUCAAGAAGCAGAACAACAUGACGGCGCAGAUGCUGCAGCACACGGUGAUCCCGGAGCGGCCCAUGUUCUACCCGGAGUACCCGCCGCAGGAGCCUGAACAUGGGGUUGUGGCCCUGGGGGACGACAGGGACCCUGUGGACAGAGUUGAGGAGGCACUUAGUUGCCUCCCUCCGUAUGACCCGUCGGGGCGUUUCACAUCGGCCGAUGAGAAAAAUCCCUUCCUCUACUGGAAGAUCCGCGACUUUGCGUAUGCGUACCGGUCUGGGAUCACGACGCCGUCAGCUGUUGCAGAGCUUGUCAUAGCGGGCGUGGAGGAGUGGAACAAUAAGAAGCCUCCGAUGCCAAUGCUGAUCCAUUUUAACGCCAACGACCUGAGGAAGCAAGCUGAUGCUUCUACAAAGAGAUUUGAGCAAGGAAGUCCAAUUUCUGUUCUGGACGGGAUCUUUUUCGCCGUUAAGGAUGACAUUGAUUGCUUGCCAUAUCCAUCAAAGAGUGCCACCACAUUUUUUGACGAAAUCCGCCCUGUGGAGAAAGAUGCUGUCUCUGUUUCUCGUUUACGGAAAUGUGGAGUGAUCUUUAUUGGAAAAGCAAAUAUGCACGAGCUAGGCCUUGGGGUCACUGGAAACAAUCCAAACUAUGGGACAGUAAGAAAUCCACAUUCAAUCGAUAGAUAUACUGGUGGUUCUUCAUCUGGUCCAGCUGCACUUGUCUCAUCAGGGUUAUGCUCAGGAGCAAUUGGAACAGACGGCGGAGGCUCAGUUCGAAUACCAUCCUCCCUAUGUGGCAUUGUUGGUUUGAAAACAACAUUCGGGCGCACAGAUAUGACUGGGGUCGUUUGUGAUGCCGGGACAGUUGAAGUUGCCUCACCUCUUACAUCAUCAGUGGAGGAUUCUGUGCUAUUGUAUUCUGCACUAGCAGGCUCUAGACCUAUGGACAAACUUACUCUGAGACCUUCCCCGCUGUGUGUUCCUAACUUGGUGUCCUCCGAGAAUAGCAAGAUCCUGCAAUCAGUGAAAGUGGGAAAAUAUACAGAGUGGUUUCAUGAUGUCCCUGAUAAUGAGGUCUCAAAUACAUGUGAAGAUGCACUUAACCUCCUAUGCAGUACCUUUGGAUGUCAGAUAGAAGAGAUAAUCUUACCAGAGCUUGAGGAGAUGCGUACAGCCCAUCUUGUCUCUAUUGGCUCAGAAGCAUUCUCAGACAUGAAUGCUCAUUACCAAGCAGGGAGGCGAACUGAAAUGACGUUAGAUACUCGAGCAAGUUUGGCACUUUUUAAGUCAUUCACUUCAGCAGAUUAUGUUGCUGCUCAAUGUCUGAGGAGAAGGAUAAUGUACUAUCACAUGGAAGCUUUCAAGAAGGUUGACGUCAUAGCAACCCCUACAACCGGCAUGACCGCGCCAAAAAUACCACCAAGUGCUCUGAAAGGAGAGUCUGAUUAUGUUGUAUCAGCCAAGCUGAUGCAAUUCAUUUUUGCCGGGAACCUUCUUGGCUUGCCUGCCAUUAGUGUUCCUGUUGGUCAUGACAAGCAAGGCCUUCCUAUCGGCUUGCAACUGAUAGGCCGUCCAUGGGGCGAGGCUAGCUUAUUGAGGGUGGCUUCGGCAGUAGAGGAGCUCUGCCUGAAGAGAAGAAAUCGGCCAUCCACAUUUUACGACAUCCUGAAGACCUGA